CUUCUGCUACUCAGUUCUGUGCAUUUGAUAGCAGACGCAGCCUUUUCUAGGGUGGCCGAAGGUGCAAUGAGGAGUUUAUAAAUUUCGUCAUUAUAAGAUUUAAAUUUAUAUGUUAGAAUGACCAUGAUCUCAAAGACUGCAAUGGGUAUUGCCGUUGGCAUAGCUGGAAUAUUCGUUGGAUAUUGCUAUUAUUUCGAUCAGAAGCGUCGUAGUGAUCCAGAUUUCAAAAAGAAAUUGCGUGAACGGAGAAAGGCUAAAAAGCAGUCUCAGAGAGAAAGUCAGGAGUAUUCAAGAAUUCCUUACUUGAAAGAUCAAGAAGAUGUACAAAGAUUUUUCAUACACGAAGUUCAACUUGGAGAAGAAAAGCUUACGUACGGUGAUGUGGAUGGUGGAAUUGUACAUUUAGCAAAUGCUGUAUCAGUCUGUGGACAACCAACACAAUUAUUACAAGUUCUUCAAAAGACACUGCCACCACAAGUAUUUUCUCUUUUGUUACAACGAUUACCUGCAGUUGGUCAAGCACUUAGUCAGAAGUUAGUACCUCAAUCUGCAAUGGCUGAGGAAGAUGUUGAAUAAAACAAUAUAUAAAUUGCGUUGAGUAUUUCAAAAUAAAAUCUAACCAUUAGUAGAAA